CAUUGACCUGGUUCGCGACUUAUCUCUUCCCCUCAUCAUUUGUCGCCAAAUUUAUCUGCUAGCAUGGCGACGACUCUGGCACCGAAGACCAUUGGGGAGCUGACUGACCUACUAUGGAACGACACGAAGGUCAAGGUCGCGGGUAUCGAUGUCGAUGGAGUCCUCCGUGGCAAGUACAUGUCGAAAGAGAAGUUCCUCAGCGCCGCCACCUCGGACGGCUUCGGAUUCUGCAGCGUUGUCUUUGGCUGGGACAUCCACGACCAGACGUACUCUCGCGAAUUGCUUAUCAGCAACAAGGAUAAUGGCUACCGCGAUAUCAUUGCUACCAUCGACCUUACGACGUUCCGCCGCAUACCUUGGGAGGGCAAUGCACCUUUCUUUCUCGUCUCCUUCGCCGACCCAGACACCCGUGAACCGUUGUUUGCGGACCCGCGCAGCGUUCUGCGCAAGGCCGUCGACAAAGCGAAGGCCGCUGGACGCGAGCUGUUCUCAGGCGUGGAAUUUGAGUACUUCAACUUCAAGGAGACCGCUAGCAGCCUCGCAGAAAAGGGCUUCCACAACUUACAGCCGUUGACGCCUGGCAUGCAUGGCUACUCAUUGCUGCGCACGCAGCUGAAUGACGCGUACUUCCAGCAACUCUUUGACGAUGCACUGAAGUUUGACGUGCCAAUUGAGGGCCACCACACCGAGACCGGUCCCGGUGUGCUGGAGACAGCCCUGGCCUACACGAGCGCCCUACGCAUGGCUGACAACGCUGCGCUCUUCAAAUUCCUUGCGAAGAGCGUCGGUAUGCGUCACGGCGUUGUACCGAGCUUCAUGGCGAAGCCAUGGGGAAAUCUUCCCGGGUGCAGUGGUCAUAUUCAUGUCUCGAUGCGCGAUGCAGAGGGCAAGAACACGUUCGCUGUGUACGAUAGCAAGGAGGGUCGCGCGGAUGCAGCGUACCCAGAUACCAAGUUCGUCAGCCAGGAGGGCGAGUGGUUCCUCGCAGGUGUGCUGGACGCGCUUCCCGACAUCAUGCCCACACUCGUACCCACUGUCAACGGCUACAAGCGCCUAGCCGGCGGCGCCGCCUUCUGGGCUCCCAACGCCGUUACAUGGGGCUACGACUCCCGUGCCGCCUCCGUCCGCCUCAUCGCUCCGCCCUCCUGUCCGCCUUCCGCCACCCGCCUCGAGGUCCGCGUCCCCGGCGCCGACGUUCAAGCCCACUUCGCCCUCAGUGCGAUCUUCCUCGCCGGCCUGCGUGGCAUCGAGCGCAAGCUGCCCCUCGGCCCGCCCAUCACGACGUACAAGCCUGAGGACCGGGCGAACGGGAAGGUGCCGAUGCUGCCGCUGUCCCUGGAGGCGGCGACGCAGAGGAUGAUGCGGGAGGGGAGCGUGGCGAGGGAGGAGGGGAUGCUGGGGGAUGCGUUCGUCGAUCACUUCGGCGGCACGCGGGAGCAUGAGGUGGGGUUGUGGAAUGCGGCGGUGACGGAUUGGGAAGUCGAGCGCUAUUUGGAACUUGCUUGAGAAGGUUGCUGAAAGUGACAUGCAAUAAGAUGCGGUUGUCACCUCGCCCAACCAGCUGCAGCAUUGCUGAGGCAUGUGGGCAUCAUCGUGGCUGACAAGUCGGACUGUAGAAAGGCCACAUAGCAUUGCUGAGAUAUAUGUACUCGUACCAAGUGUAUUACAAUGCUUCUCGCUACAGGUGAUCACAAAGGUCUCCUAAAUCUUCAUUCGACGUACGAGAAAAUUACAUC